CAAAAAGUAGGAAGGCGACUCGUCAUCAUGUUAGUAUAUAGAGAGCGUUACUGGUCCACAAAUUGUAUAAGCCAGUUCGAAAUACAUAGGAUCACUCGCCUAUAUUGAACAAGGAAUUUUACAAAUGACGUCAAAAAUGAUGCACUUUGUAUUGAGUUUUAUUGUGCUCUCCCUGCGUGUGGUACAUGGUAUUGAAUCCUGUAGGCAUGUUCAAAGAACAAAUUUCGAUACCGGAGAAACUAGAUGUUGUCUAUUUGUACAGUGUAAACCAAACCAUUACGUCAGAGGAUGUGACGUGGACAACACUGCAGACACAUGUGAACCAUGUCCCUCGGGAUCAAUGUUGCUGGAUCAUACGAACUCUUACUUCCCGUUUCCGUGUAUCCAGUAUACGUGUCCUCCAGAAGCAAGACCAGUGGACUAUUUGUCAGAGGAGGGAUGCAGACUACCCUGUAAAUGUGACGAGAACCGAGGUUAUGCGGGGGAGGAUCCUUGUUUGUGCAGGAUAAAAGCAACUUCCACUUCCACUUCUGUGGCUUUAUCAUCAAUGACUAGGAAAAGAAGAUCAUUUUACAACAGACUCUUUGAAAUGAAUGGAGGUGUGUGAUAUGAAUAUGGCUGGAGACGACAUGCAAAGUUUAGAAACGUGUCAGGACAACAACGAUGGCCUUGAAUGCACAAUGUCGUGUUUAUAAAAUGAAUAUGAAUAAACAUUUUGUUUUGUUUUUU